AUGGCAGUCGACGCACCGCACGCAGACGACCCGCCAGUCGCAGCGUCCGAGCCUGCAGACACACCGCAGACUCUCUCGGCCCUCGUCCCAUCGUCGUCCUCGUCUCGCUCAGAUCACGGCUCGUGCGUGCACACUCUCCACGACAAUCACGACACGAGCGGGCAGGGCGUCGCAGGGAGGGCGCUGGAGGGCAAUCUCGAGGGCAAGGGCGAGUCGAAGAAUGUUGUGGCUGGAGACGAGGACGAGGACAGCGGGAUGCAGCCUGUCAGGCGGAGAGUGACGACGGGGACGGUCGCACCUCCGCCGUACACGAUCCACUCGCACCGCAUGCGGUGGUUCGUCGUCUCGCUCGUCGCCCUGGCCGGACUAUUUUCACCUCUGUCCGCCAAUAUCUACUUUCCCGUCAUCCCUGCCGUCGCGCAAGACCUUCGCGUCUCAGUCGAGAACAUCAACAUCUCCGUGACGGUCUACAUGAUCCUCCAGGGCGUCUCGCCCUCUUUCUUUGGCGCGAUUUGCGACGUCCUCGGCCGACGACCCACCUACAUCGCCACCUUCCUCAUCUACCUCGGCGCCUGCGCCGGCCUCGCCAACACGCACACCUACUGGCUCCUCCUCGUCUUGCGCUGCGUGCAAGCCGCCGGCUCCGCCUCCGUAAUCGCCAUCGGCUCCGGCUCGAUCGGGGACGUCGCGCCCCCUUCUGAGCGCGGACUGUUCAUGUCGGUUUUCGGAUUGGGUCCGAUGGUGGGACCUUGUAUUGGGCCUAUUAUCGGUGGAUUGCUCGCGCAGCGAUAUGGCUGGCAAUCCCUCUUUUGGUUCCUCUUCGCCUUUGGCGCCUUCGCCCUCCUUCUCAUCAUCCUCUUCCUCCCCGAAACGCUUCGCUCCCUCGUAGGAAACGGCUCGAUCCCAGCGCGGGGGAUCAACCGCUCGCUCGUCUCGGUUUGGCAGCAGCGUCAGCGGAGGAGACAGAUGGGCGAGGGGAGCGAGGUGGAUGAGGCGAGUUUGAAGGCGAAGCCGGCGAAGAAGGGGUGGAGGGAUGUCAGGCCUUGGGCGCCGCUAAAGAUGUUCCGGGAGAAGGAUGUCUUCCUUACGCUCACAUUCAACUCGAUUUGCUACACCCUCUUCUACUGCGUCACCACCUCAACCGGCACCACCUUCAAGUCCACCUACAACUUGAACGAAACCUCUCUCGGGCUAUGCUUCAUAGCCAACGGCGUCGGCUGUCUCGCAGCGACGUUCGUCAACGGGCCGCGGUUGACACACGAUUAUAAGGUUGUGCAGAGGCAGGUGGAGAGGAGGAAAGAGGUGGAAGGGAGGGGAGAGGAGCGCGCGAGGAGGAGGCGGAAGGACCAGAAUGACUUGUCGGAUUUUCCGAUCGAGAGGGCGAGGCUGAGGUCGAUGCCCUACUUCUUCGUUGCGCUCAUCGCGUCUACGAUUGUCUACGGCUGGGUACUCGACAAGGGCGUCCAUCUCUCCGCGCCGCUCGUCAUGCAGUUCAUCAUCGGUCUCUCAGUGACGAGUAUCUUCAACGCCGUCAGCACCCUCCUCGUCGACCUCUACCCGGGCCAAUCCGCUUCCGCAACCGCAGCGAACAAUCUGUACCGGUGUAUCUGCGGCGCAGCAGGGACGGGAUUCAUUGAGCCGUUGCUGAAUCGGUUAGGUGCAGGUUGGGGUUUCACGAUGCUCUCGCUCAUCAACGUCUGCUUCGUCCCCCUCAUGAUUCUCGAGUGGCGGUACGGGAUGAAGUGGCGCUUGCAGCGGUUCGAGCGUCUCAAGCGGGAGAAAGAGCGGGAGGAGGAGAAGGCGCGCGAGAAGGGGAGGGAGUUGGAGAAGAGGCGCGAGGGGCACUAG